CAAUAACUCUUUGUCUCCUGAUUUGUAACUUUAUUUAUUCUUGUCGAUCUUUUAUCAAAUCUAUUUAAUUAUUUAAUAUGGACGAACAAGAACAAGAAUUAAAACGAUUACGUCGUCAGCAUCGCAUUUUGGUGAAUGACAAACAUGCGUUAAAAGGUGCAUACGGAAUGAAAUCCUUGCAUCAGAAAAAGUUAUUAGAAACGAUGCGUCAGGAACUUGCAGAUCUUAAUUUGGCAAAAGCCAGAGCCCAGCGUAUUGCUGAAGAUCGCCAUCUUGUUGCCAGAGUGAGGUCUUUAAUUCGUUGUUAUGAGUCACAUAACAAAGCAAUCCACAUUCAAAAAAGUGAAAUUGAAGAGAUUGAUAACCAAAUUAAAGUGAUGGAAAGCAAAAUUAACGCAGUCCGAAAAUACGACGUGCGUAAUAAAGAUGAAGCCGAUGACGCUGAUGGAAAAGGUCAACUCCAAAGAUUUGAGAAUAAACUUGAAACACAGGUCAAGCAGUAUUGUGCAAUUUUGGCAGAUAAUAAAGAAUUGCGGAAAGAAGUGAUGUCACUUUUAAAAGAUCGGCAAUUGUUUAACGAAAAAUAUAACAAACUAGUAAGAAAUUUGGCAGUGGGUAAGCGUCAGCUAUUAGAAACAAUGGAUAGCGCGAAAUCUGUGUAUGACCAACGUGAAGAGUCUUUGCAGAAACUGAAUGCACUUUUUGUCAAGUCAAAAUUAAUUUAUACAGAUCACGUAGAGCAAAUGGCGGAAAUGAAACGCCAUCUUGAUGCGCAAACCCAGCUUGGAAAGUUUAUGAGAUCCAAAGGUUGUAGUCGUAUAAUGGCUGAUCUUGAACGUAAAGAGAAUGAGAAACGUCAGGCUGCUUGGGACAGUCAACAGCAUCAGUUUGAUUCUUAUAUGCGAAUGAUUGAUGAAAUACGCGAUUUUUUUGGUGAACAAGAUAUAAAUCGCAUUGCUACUAUUUUUGUUAGAAAGGAAAAUGAAAAUUUUGCUUUAUUUAACUACGUAAACAUUCUCAAUGGAGAAAUUGAUACGUUAACAGAUGAAACUAUUGAACUUCAAAAGAAAAUAGAAUUACAACGAGAGCAACAGAAAAAAGAAAACGAACAACAAGCUGUAACCCUGAAAGAGCUGGAAAACAUGCUUCUUUUAGCUAAGGAGGAAAGUAACAAUGCUGAAGUAAGCCUGGAGCAAUCAGAAAAUAAUCUUAAAAUUUUAAUGACUGAGUUGGAAAAUACGUUUGGAAUACUUCAGUGCGAGUUGUCACCCAUUCAUAAUUUAUUAGAUGAAAGCGGCAAAAUUUCAGUUAAAAAUAUACUAACACAUAUGGAAAUUUUUGACGGAAAGUUAGCCGGGUUAAUUACGGGCACUAAAGAACGGUGGAUGGGAGCACCAAUUCGAAAAUCAUUACACUAAUAUUAGUUACAGGACAUUAUGACAGAUAAUUUAGAUAUAGUUAAGGAGAGACACAGAGAUGCACGUAGUUUACCUAAACUAUUGAUAUGGGGUUUGUUCUUGGUUGUUUGUUCUUUUAAGAUUCUUGGUAGAAAUUGGCUAAAUAAAUAUAAAUUGCUGU